AUGUAUAAUCAAACUGGUAUAGGUAGAUUAAAAAAAGAAUCAGUUUCAACUCAAAAUGUGACUGUCGUGCGCGAACUGCAAUCCCAAAACCUGUCGAAAGAUUUCGCCACGGAAAGUCCUGACCUACAUCCUUCAGAAACGUACAGUAAAGCAAGCAACGAUAACGUUAUUAGUGUAAUUCACCUUCAAAGAGAGGAUUCCCCUAUAUCAGCGAGCAAUAAUGAGGUAGAUCGCAAUGAUGAUAUCGUCAACAACGAGAAAGUUAAUUACAAGCUAGUAGACAGAUUAAAACAUAUACAGAAUGUUGCUAUGCAAAACCAAGCAGCUCUUGUACACGACGAUUUCAUUGUUCACGGCCAAUUAGUAAAAAAGGAUUUCGACAUGGCAGAACAAAAGAGAUUUAAUGAGGUAAGAAGUAAUAUUCUACGCAACAAAAAGCCAUCAACGGACAGUGUUAGUAAUCUACCAGAAAAGAUUCAUGGCAUGCAAAGCACUGGAACAUAUAAAGUAAAAACAUCAGUACAGAGUCAACAGCCUCAAUAUCCUGCCAGUUCCCAAAAUCUUUCCGUCCAAUCAAAUCUGGAAAAAUACAAUUCAACAUUUGACUGCCAACAUCCAAGAGAGGUCGCCAAGGUAGAAAACAUUUUGUGUAUGGAAAAACCCAAAUUCCUUCCCGAUUUCAAAAAUCCGUGCUGGCGAGACAGUCCGACAACUUUUCUAAGGUGUCUGCCAUACUUUCACAUAUUCGGAACAUGCAAGUCUGGGACAACAGACCUAUUUCAUCGAAUGCUUCACCAUCCGCAAAUUAUCCCUAAUAAGGGUAUAUUGUCAAAAGAGACAUGGUUCUGGAGCUGGAAACGGUAUGAUCGAUUUAUUGGAAUUCGAAACAAUCGAACGGUCCCUGGCCGGGCGAUGACUCUGAAAGGUUUCACAGAUUUCUUCGACGCAAAGGCGAUUGACAAUUGCAUUACAAAUGGGAAUUCGUCUUGCCACAAUCUCGUUACAGGUCAUGGCGAUCCGAUGGAUAUUUGGGAUUUCACAAGAUGGAGGAAUAUUUCACAGAAUAACCCUAUGGCACAGGAACCUAAAGUGACUACGCCCUAUCUAGUGCAUCACGUGAACCCUGAUAUCAAACUGAUAGCUCUGCUGCGAGAGCCUGCUGAGAGGACAUAUUCCCACUAUCUCCACCUACGCUAUGGGGAAACAAAAGAGGCAUUCCACUUCCACGUGGUCAAGACCAUCAAGUACCUAAGAGACUGUGAGAAGCAUGGUCGACUACGAGCUUGUGUAUAUAGACGAGGUUUUAGAAUGGUGGCCCCAUUACACGCUAGUCUGUAUUAUCUGCAUUUGACUGAGUGGCUGAAGGUAUUCCCAAGAAAACAGAUACUCCUACUGACCACUGAGGAAUACCACAAGGACACGGCAGGCACACUUCGUACUGUGUUCAGACAUUUAGAUCUAGAUCCGAUGUCUGACUCAGAUCUUGUAAGAGUGGCAAAUCGACGUAAGAAGUAUGUUUCGUCACUGAAAGCAAAAUUGGGAGACAUGCUGCCGCAAACAGAAACACUUCUUCGAAAAUAUUUUAAAAAGUCUAUUCACAAACUUGUGGCGUUACUAAAUGAUACAAAAUAUUUAACUUGGAUUGAUAACAAUUCAUCUAGAGACAAAACAAAAAAAUCAUUUAACACACCAUUCAAUAAGAAAAGCAGUUCAAAAGUUCACAUGAAUACAAAAUACGGAGACAAAAAGACGUUACAGACUAUUCAUGGCCUCAGAUUACCCACAAAUAAUAUACCACGUGCUGAUUUCCCUUCAAAUAUACUUCAGGUGUUCAAGUUUCCUUCAACUCAACGACCAAAUGAUUCAUUCCAUUCCAAUUCUAUACCUAAUGCGAAUUUAUCUCCAAACAGAGUGCAAUAUAAUCAAUUGCGUUCUAAUAAAAUAUAUGAAGUUAACUUACUACCAAAAAACAUGCUGAAGAACAAACCCCUGCUGAGUACACCCUUCAAACCUGUACAGACUUCAAAUAAAAUUCCAACUACAACACCUUCUUCAGACACAACACCACGCACCAAACAAAAUUCAAACAUAAUUCCUCCCUUUGAAUUCACUUAA